AUACGUAAUGCAACCUCCUCAUUGCACGAGCACGGGCCAACGGCUAGAAAGACGAGAAUAAGUUGGAAAGAUGGUGUCGCCGGUGGUGAACACCUACCCUCUUACCAACUACACAUUUGGAAUGAAGGAGCCGAAGAUGGAGAAGGACACUUCCGUCGCCGACCGCCUUGCUCGUAUGAAGGUGAACUAUAUGAAAGAAGGUAUGCGGUUAAGUGUUGAGGCAAUUUUACUGGUUCAGGAGCACAAUCAUCCCCACGUACUGCUUCUGCAAAUUGGUAAUACUUUCUGCAAACUUCCUGGUGGACGUUUGAAACCUGGUGAGAAUGAAAUUGAGGGCUUAAAACGAAAGCUGUGUAGCAAACUUGCUGUCAACUCACCUACCUUUCAGCCAAAUUGGCAGAUUGGUGAAUGUGUUGCUAUCUGGUGGAGACCAAACUUUGAAACAGUGAUGUAUCCUUAUUGUCCUCCACACAUCACCAAGCCCAAGGAGUGCAAGAAACUUUUCAUUGUUCAUCUGUCCGAAAGAGAAUAUUUCGCUGUUCCAAAAAACUUGAAGUUACUUGCUGUUCCAUUAUUUGAGCUUUAUGAUAAUGUUCAGAGGUAUGGGCCAGUGAUCUCCACAAUUCCACAGCAGUUAUCGAGGUUCCACUUCAACAUGGUGCGUCAAUGAAUUUGGUGAGCCAGAAUGACCAUAGAAUCAAUAGAGCAA